AUGCUUAUAGUUUUUGCAUUUUAUUUAGCAUUAAGAUGCAAUUAUGAUGAUCGCAUUAAGAACGCUACCAUAAGGGCAGGUCAUAAUAGAGUGAGUUUGUCAAACAAAAUAUCAAGCAAAUGGAAGCCUAUUAGGAUAACAGUUAAUAAUGAUAUUUUAGAAGGAAAAGAAGAAUCUCCACUAUCCUGCUAUAAUGUAGGUCAAAUAAUUGAAUAUGAUGAUGAAGGAGUUCACACAUGUGAAGAACAAGAUAUUAUUACGCAAAAGCAAAUCACCACAAUCAGGCAAACAAUGGAUAAUGUUGUUAAUUUUCUUUCUAAUACUCUCAAAGUCCAAUCAAUUAUAGGAUCUAUUAGAUAUGGAGAGGGAAAUGAAGCAAUCGAAUUUAAUAAUUCAGAUUUUGUUAUUAUGACUUCACAUCGAUAUUCUAGUUCAUUUGUUGCAUCUGCAAUGUCUUUAGAUACAGAUGAUACAUAUUGGCGCCCCACCAUUGGAAUGAUAUACUUUAAUACAAGAGAUAUCCCGAAUGAACCUGUCAAUGAAAGUGACUGGAAAAAUGAAUUCUUUUUUACAGUUUUACAUGAAAUAACGCAUGCACUUGGUUUCUCAAAUAAUAUGUUUGAACAUUAUCAUCCGCAUGAAAACCCAGAACCAUAUAAAGACAUUAGUUGUAAGUUAACAAAAUAUGGAAAAACUUUUUCUUUUCUUGUAACACCGCAUUCACAUAUUUUUGCAAAGAAACGUUUUGGUGUUGAUGUUUUUACAGGUGAUAAUGGUACAAGUUGCCCAUCAGGAAUUGAAUUGGAAGACGGAGGAUCAGAAGGUACAGCAGGAUCACAUUUAGAAAUGAGAACAUAUUAUACUGAAUAUAUGAUUGGUAUGGUAACAUAUUCAAAUGGUCCUUUUGUGAGAUUUACUGAUGCAACAAUGGCUGUAUUACUGGAUACUGGUAAUUACAAAAUCAAUUGGGCUAAUAUCAAACCUUUAGUUUAUGGACAUCAAGAAUCAAUUAAUGGUAAUCCAAUUCCUGGCUUUGCUAUUGACCCACCACAGAUUACUUUUCCAUCUAAUUACUUAACAAUAAUUAAUGAGGGGACUAGAAUUGAUUUAACUGGGUUUGAUUAUAGAUAUUACGGCUCGGGGAAAGUAAUUUACCCAGAGUCUCGGGUCAAUUGCAACGAUGAAAUAUUUGUUCAAUAUUGUCAAGCAAAAAGAUUCAUUUUAUAA